AUGGCAGCCCCGCCACCAGUCCAGCAGUACGGCCAGCCAGUGACUCCAUAUGCCCAAACUCCCUACAUGACAGACUAUGGAGCCGCCCAGCAGAUACGGAGAAAACAGGUUCGCGCCACCCAGGCUUGCAACCAUUGCCGCUCGCGAAAGCAGAAAUGUGACGAAGCCCGGCCGUGCCAGUUCUGCAGAGAGAACAACUUCGACUGCCAGUACAAGGAUGUACCGCCACCCAAGCAAGAUAGAAGCAUGAUGCAGCUCCAAGACAGCGUCAACAACAUAUCUGAGGUUCUAUCACAAUUCGUGGACCAAUUCAACAACUGGAAACAGGGCGUUGAGAGCAGACUGCCGCCAACGCGGAACCAUGAGAUGAUUUCGAAUCACGCUUCGCCCGAAGCUGCCUUCUCCGCUCAAAGGGACCAAAACACAUCAAGAUGGCCCACCAUGCCAGGAAGAGGCCAGAUGGGUCGAGCCAACAGCCAGCUCAAGAUGGAAUCUCCAGUUGUUCCCCACUCCAAUGUCAUGUCACCUAUGAGCGCCAUCAAACAGGAGUCACAGUAUCCGCCUCCCCAAACGCCUGCAACGCCUGCAGACAGUGUGAGGACCGAGCCCAGCCAUCCCGAACCCGCCACUAAAGAUCCCAAGGAAAAGGACGGUCUUCAAGGCGAUCACACUACUCCAGCGCACAAGCUGCUCGAGGAGUGGGCACAGAUGAAUAUCUUCUACAACGGCAUUCCCUAUCUGAAGCGCCUGUUAGAUAACGGCCAAAAAGUCUCGGAUUACCCAAUGCAGCUAGAGCAAGAUCGCGGACUACUACGCGUCUGGGGCGUUGGAGAAGGCCAAGAUCUGAACGACGGAGCGCAAGGUCCCGGUAGCCCCGAGAGCAGCAAUGAUUCGGAAGCAACUUCCCCAGCGCCAGGCAAGGACGGCCUAUGGGGAUACCCGAACCUGGACCACUGCAGCCCAUCAGAGCCGAGUAGCACUCCUCGUGAACACCCUCCACAGUUUCACCAGAGCGGACUUGGUCCGGACGGUCGGCCCGACUUUCGCCGCCAUGUCAUGUUUGACUUGCUCAAGUCGUACAUGGAGAGCAUGCACAUUUUUCAUCCCUUUAUGAACGAGGGCAAGCUGAAACGCAUGUUCAGGGAGUUUAGCGACCAGUACAGCCCAGAAGCGCGCACUGCCAACGUGCGAUCGCCUGCUACUAAUGGUGUGCAUCAGCUCAACCCAGGCAUCAAGCGCAAGCGUUCGGCCAGCGGUCUGGAUGGCUUGCCAUCGCCUAGAGUCGAUAUCGAAAGGUCACUGCGUAACGCCAUUGUUCUCUUGGUCAUGGCUCUUGGCAAGGUAGCCUCCUACACAGACCCACUGCCUGCUCCGCAAAACGACCGGAGUCCCUAUGUUCACAGCGAAUGGGGCUACAUACGGAAUUCACCGAACCCCAAUGGAAGUUUCGCUAGUGAAGGAGCUGAAGACAGCCGUCCGAGGAAUAUCGACAUACUACCAGGUAUGGCGUACUAUGCCUAUGCGACUGAUAUACUUGGCAAUCAACAAGGAGGAAAUACGACUGCCCAUGCGCAAGCCAUGCUACUCGCUGGCCUGUAUCUGAGUCAGUACGCAAGAGUCCUGGAGAGUUGGAGUUGGAUCAACAACGCCUGCAGGAUCGCUCUGGUGCUCAUCAAGGCCGACUACACCAAGCUUCUCCGUACGAACAGUGACCGAAGACAUACCUGGAGUCGUAAGGAGCGGUAUAGACUGAAUCUCGUCAUGUGUGUCUAUUGGACAGCUUUGCAGCUGGAAUCUGACAUCCUGGCAGAAAUGAGCACGCUACCACCGUCCGGCAUUUCCGCACACCAGAGUGCCAUUAUGUAUCCCGAAGGCGUAAACGAAACCUGGCCACAGGAUCCGGACAACUUCAUGCAACAAGAAGACGCAGGCGCUGGUCCGAGAAAUGAUUUGAUGAUGAAGCUUUACUCUACGCAAACAUUCCUUCGUGUUAUUCUCAACGUAGCGCACAACGCCUUGUACGGACCCAGCGGUCGCAUGAGCUUCGACCCCACUAGCGUUAAGGAAGUCGCAUACCACGCAGAAACCCACGUGGGCGUUUUGGAGAACUGGAGGAGACUUCUUUCACCAGAGCUCGCCUGGGAUGAUCACGAGCCUCCUUCGACAGAUCUCAACAUUGCGCGUGUGCGCGCAAAGUACUAUGGUGGUCUCUACAUGAUGUUGCGGCCGUACCUGAAGCUUGCGAGCCAUGUGUUAGAGUUCCCACCCCCACCUCCGGGUACUACCGGUGCCUCGCAGCACAACUCGCCGUCUGCCUACGCACACUCUGCCACCAACAGAAAUGUCCAAAUGGUCGAACUCAACGAAGACCAGAAGAAGAUCAUCGGCGUCGCCUGUAAAUGCAUCCAUAGCGCUAUCCAGAGUACCAUUGCUUUUGAUCGCGUCGGCGAGGAGCCCGGCAGUACAUACAACUACUUUACGCCCACGCGCAAGAAGCGACUCGUUGUCACAAACAUCUUCGGCACACUUCAUGCACAAUUUGGGAACAUGCUUGUCCUAGCAUCCGUCUACAAAUCCAAACUCUACCCUCUCUUGCCUGCCGACACAUGGCUCACAAAAGCCACCCUCUCGGCCCUGUUCAAGCGCACCAUAUCCGUCAUCAGCGAUGUAGCGCCCAACUCGCCGAUUCUCCGCAUGGAUCUUGAGAUUCUCCGCAACGUCCAGCAGCAACAGGGUCUCGAAUGAUGUCACGACUGAAAAGCAAAAAAAGGAUGUGGCCAUGAUGGGGAAAGGAGGGGGACCCCUAGUCCUGGGUCCCACAGAGAUCAAGGUGCAUAUGCUUGGGGCUCCACACAUACACACCAUCGAUCUCCAUUGCCAUCUUGAUUCCCGCCCUUGGGUCGAUCCGGAUCGUUCUGCGAUUUCGAUCGUGCAUUGAUGACUUGCAUAUGUUAUCCCGGCGCAACGCAUUGUUAUCGCUUUUAUUUUAACAUUUUUACUUCUUCCUUUCCUAUUCCAUUUUCUUGUAUCUCCCCUUUUUGCUUUUCAUGCACGCGCGCUGCUGCUUGGCAACAAAGCGAGAUCAUCAAGUCCUCUAUUCCCCACAAUCUGAACCUCCCAUUUUACCGUACCUGUCGCGUUGCCAGCUUUGCCAAAUAUCUAUAUUACUUCCAUUGCAAGAUGGGAACAAUGUUUCUCUGUAGCCUGCUUAUUGUCUGGUCUCUUUAGGGGACUCUUGCUCAGUGGAGGAUAUAAGGGGAGGAAGGAUUUAUACCUCCCGUUCGCACGUAUACAUGCAACAAAUAUCAUUGGGCGGCUAGCGCUGUUAUUA